AUGGGCGGUGGGGCCCGGCAGCUGGCCGGGUACCUGGCGGCUGUGGCCGGCUGGCUGGCAGCGCUGGCCGCGGCCGUGCUGCCGCACUGGAGGCAGAGCUCGUAUGCUGGAGACGCCAUCAUCACGGCCGUGGGGCUCCACGAGGGGCUGUGGAUGAGCUGCGCUGCCCAGAGCACCGGGCAGGUCCAGUGCCGCCUGCACGACUCGCUGCUCUCCCUCGAAGUUCACAUCCAGACAUCCCGGGCUCUCAUGGUCAUUUCUCUGCUCCUGGGCUUCUUUGGCAUCAUCGUGAGCGUGGUGGGCAUGAAAUGCACUAAGGUUGGGGAGGAGGAUCCUGUCACCAAGAGCCGCAUUGCUGUUGCUGGAGGUGUCCUCUUCGUUCUCUCUGGUCUGUGCACGCUGGCUGCCGUGUCGCUGUACGCAACGCAGGUCACCCAUGAGUUCUUCAGAGAGAGCAUCGUCCCCAUCAAUGCGAGGUACGAGUUUGGCUCUGCUCUCUUCGUGGGCUGGGGGGCCUCCAGCCUCUCCAUGCUGGGGGGGUCCCUCCUGUGCUGCUCCUGCCCUGCCAAGGAGCGCCGAGGCCAGCAGUACCAGCGGCAGCCCCAGCCCUCCACGGCCCGGGAGUACGUCUGA